AUGGCCUCUGCAAGUUUUCGUUUCUUGACCUUGGCAAUCUUGGUGAUUGCUGGAACCCUGGUUUGCGCAAACCACGGGGUUUCAGCUCAGUGCCAAACUAGUAUUCCGAGCCUUAUAUCCCAAUGCUCCAAAUAUGUUAAAGCUUCAGGGCCAGAAAUCCCUCCAUCCCAGGGUUGCUGUGAUGUGAUAAAAGAUGUCGACAUUCCAUGCCUUUGCAAGCUUGUUACACCAGAGGUGGAGAAGCUUGUUAGUAUGAAGAAGGUGGUCUUUGUAGCUCGAACCUGUGGCUUGACUGUUCAGCCUGGAAUGAAAUGUGGAAGUUUCACUGUUCCACCUGCUUGA